GAGAAGAAGAACGACACUUUCCCCCAGCAUGCAUUUCGGCGCGCGAACUUGAACUUUAUUUUCACCGGCAACAUACCUUUUUGAACAUUUUCGUGCAUUUUACAUGCUAAUAGUACAACUGCAUGGAGCAGUUAUGACCUGAAAUUCGUUGUCGUAAGUAGUACUGUAGAACAAAAUCUCGUUGUAUUUGCAUUACCGUGUACUAUCUGGCUUGUCAUUUUUGUAAACAGGACGACAAAGUUUGGAAUACGCGUACACUGGUCUGGCGUGCCGAAGGUGUAUCGUUGUUAUUCUUAAUGUUGCCAGUUGAAAAAUAAGAUCAUUAGUUUCGUUCCCCGUCGUAAUUUAGUAUCAUUCAUGGACUUGUCUGUCGUCUUCAAACACCUUGUCUACAGUUCAUGCACAGGUAACCAAUGUUACAAUAAUAGUGGAGAGUUGCAAAAACAAAAUAAGGAGUCGAAAGUAGCAAUACAUUAUCAUCUGCUUUCACAUGUAGGGAGGAAAAAUAAACACAUCAGAAAAACAUUCAGUAUCCAAGUAAAGUACAGACACUUUUAAAAGCUACUUAAGGACAUAAAUGAAAUAUUUGUACAGUACUUUUUUACUUACCACCACAUAUCUACCCCAAAAUGUUACACGGUGAUGUAUUAUGUGCAUCCACUGAGUAAGAAAACAAUUUUUGGCAUACAGGAGGGUUGAUUUUGUUGAGUUUGCGGUGAGCUGAGGAUGAGCAGCCCAACAAGCACGCCCAAACCUGUUGACCCCUUUCACAAUUUAUGGCAACAACUAAGGGAAUGUCACCAAAAAGGACUUCAAGAACUUGAGGAAAAAGUCUGCAAGUUGAAAAAAGAACGCCGUCUAGAUGCAGAGAGUCUCCAACUGUUUUAUACUCAUAACCAGGAGCUGAAGGAGCGAACCAAAACUCUGCAGGAUGCCAACAGUCUCUUGGAGGACAGGCUGCGCACGAAAGAAUGCAGUAGAUGCACAACCUUGGAAGAAAACUUAAAAAAAUGCCAAGAUCACAGCGAGCAAACCAUCGCCAAACUGAAGUAUGAAAAAAAAUGCCUGGAAGAUGAAAACCGCAAACUGCAAGCUGAGCUGCAAAUAUUAAAGACAUGCUCCGAACCGCAGGUGGCCCUCUCCCCAGAACCCGAAGAUGGCAUCAUCCCAGACUCGCCAGUCCUGGCCAGCUCACUUCCUGUGGCCAACAAACUGAAGAAACGUAAAUACAUGGACAACAGCAGACAUGUUCACUAUGCAGAGGACUUCAACUGGGCACUCUUCAAAGAUCAAGAAUUAAGUGACACUACAAGACUUGCUAAAAGAACACAGAUGCUUGCUCCGAACACGUGUGAAAUGGAAACGUCCCAGAUUUCAGGAGAGGAGGAGAACGGAGUGAUAGCAGAAACAUGCGGCCUGGAACUUGUCAACGCACUUCAUAUGAAAACCACAGCUGAAGGAAAGCAAUUCAGCUCAAAACCAUCCCGGUCGUCUGAUGUUCGUCCAAAGCCUUGUUGUACCCCUUCGCUCUCCACAAUCAUCCACAGUCCAGACUCGACCACGGCAAAGUCCCCAUCUCUUCUCCCUCGUGGUGAGAAGCUGACCGAUAUUGGCGCUCUUGGCAAAGACAAAACAACAAAGGAUGAUGAUGAAGCAAAGGGGCCGGAGGAGGGCGAAACGUGCGACCGUGCCAAUGGGAAGAAACCGGACGCCCGAGUGGAGGCGAUGAAAAAAACCUGCAAGACCAUGAAGGCUCAAAGCUUCACGGAGCCACCUGGCAGCAGGGUUCAAACUCUCAACCAAGCUUUAAGUGAUGACUGUGGAAGUCCAGCUUUCAAGAAGCCAAACAAGAUACCGAAAGAAGAAGAGCACCGCAGACGGAACCACCCUCAGGUCCAGAGUGCUACGCACAAACGAGCUCUUCCGGAAAAUGCACAGAGGAAACACAGAGUGGAGAACAUGUGGAGCAUCGACCCCGCACUUGCCCUCUCCAUGUAUGACAGCGAGCAAGGAGCAGAUGAGGAUAAAGAACAGCAACGUGAAGAAUUACUUGAUAGCGACUGCACUUGGAUCAGUCACAGCUUACUCCAAGGUCGAGGCGAAAAGGACGAGGAUGAGCACGGUGUGUCAGGAAUUGGUGACAAGGCAAACGACAGUCUGGAUCGAAUGUUUGACACCACCGCCCACGAGGAGUACAUAUCUUACAACACCUCACAAGUUGCCAGUUGUCCAUCUGAGGAUGAGGAGGAGGAAGAUGAAAAAGAGUCUCCAGAGAAGUCUCCACGCGUGCGCAAAGUGCAGCACCCAACAUUUGCACACGCGGCGGUGGUUCGCAAGAAAGACGAGAGAAGAAAACUAAAAGGCACCACCUGCAAAGAAUGUGAAGUUUAUUAUGCCCAUCUCCCAGAGGAGGAAAAAGUGAAGAAAUUGUCCGAAUGCUCUCGCCACCGCCAUCGCUUCAUUCCUCCCAGCACUCCGGAGAACUUCUGGGAAGUCGGAUUCCCAUCGACGCAGACGUGCAUAGAAAGGGGUUACAUCAAGGAGGAGCAAAUGCCGCAGUCUCGUUUGAGGAGAAAACAGCCUUUCGCUGCUCUCUUCUCCCCAAAGAAUAGCCAGCAGGAGAGCUGGGCAGAAAAGAAGUAGUGUGUCACGAUUCAUAACAUGCUGUCACCGCCAACUUUUUUUAUCCCUAGUGUCACUGGGUCAUGUUGAAUAAAAAAAUUAUAUAUAUUUGUAUUUGAAAUGUGACUACAUAUUUUUUAACCCUUCCUUCAGGCUAUAAUUUUUACUUUGGGCGUAAGUAACUGCAAAUAAUGGCUUUCAUCACAAAAUUACCUCAAAAAUAAGGGUGCAAUAUGUGAACAAAUAUUUUAUUUGGUCUUCAGCUUAUCACAGCAACAAAAA